GCGCACAGAAGUGCUCCUGCUCACUGCAAGCAUCAUCGCUUGGAAGGAGAGGUCGACGUCUUCCACGCCAUGUGCGAAGUUCCGGGAUGCAACAAGCAGUCUGUGUUCGGGGACGACGGGGAGGGGCCCACGAGAUGCUCGCAGCACAGGGAGCAGGGCGACAAGAGCAUCAGCAGGAGGGUGUGCAAGAAGGAAGGAUGCAGCAGAACUCCUUCGUUCGGAGACCCUGAGGAAAGGAAGGCGAUCUAUUGCGCCAAGCACAGGGACGCCAGUCACGUCGAUCUCCGGAGUUCAAGAUGUCAGUUUGACGCGUGCAACAAGGUCCCUUCCUACGGGGUGGAAGGAGGAAAGCCUUUGUUCUGCACAGCCCACAAGGGCCCGCAGCAUGUAGACUUAAAGAACAAGAGGUGCAUGUUCGUUUCAGAGGACGGGUUGAAGUGCUCAACACAGGCGACUUUUGCGUUCAAGGAUGACCCAAGAAAACUCUUCUGCAGGAAACAUGCCACUGAUGACUGUGUGGAUGUCCGA